AUGGCACCCACAGCCUCGCCCUUCCUCGAUCCUAGCCCAUGCGCGUCUGCCCAAAGCCUUGGCAUCCUCCAGCUAAAACGCGAUCAACUCAUUCCCGUCGUACUGUCCGAUGCAUCGUCGACCGAGUACGCAGAGGGCAAUGUCGUAAACACUCGCUUCGGAAGCUUCACGCACAGCAGCCUCAUAGGCAAGCCGUGGGGUACCCAGAUUCUCGCCUCGGUCGUGGACACGGGCUCGCGCGGCGGAAGGUCGAAGAAGAGAAAGCGCGAAGCCAAUGGCGAUGGAAAUGCGGCAGAAGAAGUUGGAAUCGCACCAGAAGAGCCUGCGAAGGGGGUCGUAAAGGCUGCGACGGCAAGCAGUGGGUUCGCGCAUCUUGUACCGCCUACACCGGAGACUUGGACGCUGUGUCUACCACACAGAACACAGGUUGUGUACACCCCGGACUACAGCUUCAUCAUUCAGAAGACGCGCUUGCGACCGGGGGAUCACAUCAUUGAGGCAGGUGCAGGAAGUGGCAGCUUCACUCACGCGGUCGCGAGGACAGUGUUCAAUGGGUACCCUGGGCUGGAACAACCGGAGGACGAAGAGGAGCAAGUAAAUGGUACACACGCACGCAAGAGAAAGAGACGACAGAAGCGACACGGUCACGUCUACAGCUUCGAAUACCACAAGCCACGCGCGGAGCAACUGAGAGAAGAACUCACUUCUCACGGGCUCGACCCACUCGUCACCGUUACCAACCGCGACGUCUACGAAGACGGCUUCUGCCUUGACGACGAGAAUGCACCCAACGCCGAUGUAAUAUUCCUCGACCUGCCAGCCCCAUGGCUCGCACUCAAACACCUCACACGCACCCCACCUCCACCCGCAGUGGUUAAAUCCAUCGCAUCAGACCCCUCGGCAAACACCCUCGAACCUUCUACAUGCACACCGCAAUCCCCGCCCUCUACAAAACCCUUCCGCUCCCCCCUCAACCCCAAAUCGACGACCAGGAUAUGCACCUUCUCCCCCUGCAUCGAGCAGGUCCAAAAGACCGUCGCCGCCAUGCGCUCCUACGGCUGGCUCGACAUCGAGAUGUUCACGCUGGAGCACAAGCGCCUCGAAGUGCGCCGCGAGCGCAUCGGCCUCGCUGAAGAAGGUCUCCGCGGAGCGAAUCCCUCACCCGCCACCGUGCAAGAAGCCGUCCAGCGCCUGCGCGACGUGGAAGACCGCGCGAAGGUAUUCCACGGACUACAGAAGGAAAAGCAGGAGCAGGUGAUGCGGCGCGCGGAGGCGAAGAAGCGCGGAGAGAAGCUAUCUACCAUGAAAAAAGAGUCAGAGGACAAGAAGAAUAUAAAGGUGGAGGGGCUGCCGCCGAGUAAGCAUGAUAGGCUGGAGAGAGCGAAGAAGGACUCGAAAAGUAGGCCGUUGUUUAAGGAAGGGAGACUGGUGUGUAGGACGGAGCCUGAGAUUAAGACGCAUACGAGUUAUCUUGUGUUUGCAAUGUUGCCGGUUGAGUGGACGGCUGAAGAUGAGGAGAAGGCGAGGAGAAAGUGGGUUUGA